AUGUGGGUGCCCGCAUAUUUUAGAGAUCUUUAUAUGGGUGGUUUGCUUAAAACAAAAUCUAGCUCGGAAAGUGAGAACAAUUUUUUCAGUUACUUUGUGAACAAAUUUCUUACAUUAGUUGAACUCCAAAUGAGGUUUCAAAGUGCGAUGGAUGUUCAACGUUAUAUGAUGCAGACACUAGAUAGUAAAUGCAAGUUAUAUUCUGCACCUUUGAAGACUCGUAUCCCUCUUGAAAAACAUGCUUGUAGUGUCUACACAGAUGUUGUUUUUAAGGAUUUUCAAGAACAAAUUCUUAGUGCACGCGAUGAGUGUGGUUUUGAAAAGAAUUUCGUUAGAGAUGGCAAGGAUGUGUAUCGUGUGGUACAUUUCAACACUGGGAUAAUUAUUGAAGUUGCGUAUGAUGCACAAAAAUUGUAUGUUGAUUGCUUUUGUAAGUUAUUCAAAAGAGUAGGAGUCUUAUGUAAGCAUGCAUUAUGGGUUUUGCAAGCAAAAGACGUUAAAUAUAUACCAGAACCUUACAUAUUGAAAAGGUGGACAAAAGAUGCUAGCAAAACACCUGUAUAUGAUAUUGAUGGCACGUUAUUGGAUGGUAAUAAUGCUAUGGAAUCUAGAAAAGGGGUUUUAGAAGAUGUUUGGAAUGAGAAUCGUGGGGUUGAGAAGACAAAACGUCAAGAGUUGGAAAAGUUUUUGGGUUGCGAAGCUCCUACAACAAUUACAAUUAAAAACCCUAGACAAUCUUCAAACAAAGGCAAGAGGAAAGAAAAAGAUCCAAAACAAAAGGAUACUGAAGAUGAAGAAGAGCAAAGGGUGACCAAGCAAAGACAAUCAUUUGCAGAGUGUAAACUAACUUCUGAUUGA